AUGGCGAUGAAGACAGUGACAUCCUUAACUUUGUUGCUACUUCUGUUUGCUGUCCUAGCUGCAGGUAGAGGAACAAAGAUUUCAAGAGAAUUGGAAUCCAGUAAUGAUGAAGAUGGAAUUUGUCAGCUAAUAGUGAAGACAAAAGGCUAUAGCUGUGAAGAACAUAAGGUGACUACAAAAGAUGGAUUCAUCCUGAGCAUGCAAAGGAUUCCAACGGGGCGAUCGGGGACGAAGGGGGGGCCCAAGCCCCCCGUUCUACUCCAACAUGGCCUAAUAAGUGAUGCCUCGACAUGGCUGGCUCUGUCUCCUGAUGAAUCUCUAGGGUUCAUCUUGGCGGACAAUGGAUUCGACGUAUGGUUGGGCAACGUGCGAGGUACGAACUACAGCAGUGGCCAUACCUCGCUCGGCCCUAAUGAUCCGGAAUACUGGGACUGGUCUUGGGACGAGCUAGUAGCUUACGACCUCCCAGCCAUGUUCGACUACGUCCACACCCAAACCGGCCAGAAGUUGCACUAUGUUGGCCAUUCCUUGGGUACUUUGAUGGCAUUUGGUGCAUUUUCGAGACACGAGGUUUUGAGCAUGGUGAGAUCAGCUGCACUGCUUAGCCCCAUAGCUUAUAUGGGGCAAAUGCCAUCUCCUCUUGCUAGAGCUGCUGCUGAUAUCUUCACAGCUGAAGUGAUUUACUGGUUGGGAGUCAAAGAAUUCGCUCCGGGAGGAGGUCCUGUUUCCAAGCUUGUUGCUGAUAUAUGCAGCCACAUUGAUUGUUCCAAUUUUGAAAAUGUUAUUACAGGCCCUAAUUGUUGCAUGAACUCUUCAACACCAAGCCUUUCUCACCAACAACCAACGGCUACAAAGAACAUGAUCCAUCUAGCCCAGAUGAUAAGGAAAGGGACCAUAGCAAUGUACGACUACGGAAGCGAUGGGGACAACAACAAGCACUAUGGGCAGGCGACGCCUCCGGACUACAACAUCACUAGCAUCCCAAAUGACCUUCCUCUCUUCCUCAGCUACGGAGGGAAGGAUCUUCUCUCAGAUGUUAAAGACGUGCAGACGCUCAUUGGGGUGCUGUCGGAUCAUGACCCGAAUAAGCUUGUGGUGCAGUAUAGAGAUGACUAUGCUCACUUGGAUUUUGUCUAUGCUGUGAAUGCUAAGCAACUUGUGUAUAGCCCUCUCAUGGCCUUCUUUAGUUCCAACUAG